AUGGUUCUUCAGACAUUGAGGGAGCAUCAGAUGUAUGCCAAGUUCUCUAAGUAUGAGAUUUGGUUGAAGAGCAUAUCUUUCUUGAGACAUAUAGUGUCAGAGAUGGGAACUGAAGUGGAUCCCAAAAAGGUUGAAAUAGUGGCAGAUUGGCCGUGGAUGACUACAAUGACUGAAAUUAAGAGCUUCCUAGGUUUGGUGGGCUAUUAUAGGAGAUUUGUGCUUGAUUUCUACAAGAUAGUUGCUCCAAUAACUAGGAUAUCUCAGAAGAAUAAGAAGUUUAAAUGGAGUAAUCAGUGUGAGGAGUGCUUCCAGAAGCUUAAUGAAUGCAUAAUUUCAGCGCUAGUGCUGGCUUUGCCCUCAGGCAAUGAAGAUUUUUCCAUUUACUAUGAUGCCUCUAAAGUGGGUUUGGGAUGUGUUCUUAUGUACAAUGGCAGAGUAAUAUCUUAUGCUUUGAGGCAAUUAAAGAAGCAUGAGGCUAAUUAUCCCACUCAUGACUUAGAGAUGGCAGCCGUAGUCUUUUCCUUAAGAUGUGGAGACACUAUCUAUAUGGAGCUAAAUAUGAAAUUUUCACUAAUCAUAAGAGUCUCUAGUACAUUUUCAACUAGAAAGAACGAAAUCUCAAACAUAGAAUAUGGGUAG